AUGUCACAACUCGACUCCAAGGUUGCUGCUAUCAUCGAUGGCGCCAAGGGAGACGAAUCUGACGAAGACGCCCUGAUCGCUGAGCUGGAAAAUGAUUCAGACCUGGACGCCUUCCGCGAGCAACGGCGCCAGCAGCUGCAUGCAGAAUUCGAGCGAGCACAAGCGUUGCGCAAUAAAGAGCACGGUACCUAUGUGGAAAUCAAGGACGAGAAGCAGCUGAUGGAAAUCACCACGUCAACCAAGCUGUGCGUGGUGCAUUUCUUCAAGUCAGAUUUCCACCGCUGCGGCAUCAUGGACACCCAUCUCGAGACUCUCGCACCAUCACACUACGAAGCUCGUCUUCUGAGGAUCAAUGUCGACAACUGCCCGUUCUUAGUGACCAGGCUCAAGGUUCAGGUACUGCCCUGCGUCAUUGCUUUCAUAGACGGCAUCGGAGCAGACAGAAUUGUUGGCUUUGAGGGUCUGGGACGGACGCCCGACGGCUUCACCACAAGAGACCUUGAGGCGAGGUUGAUCCGUGCCGGAGUCUUUGAACGAUCCAAGGUUAGCAAGGAAGACGAGAGGCAAGCUCCACGGAGGACCAAAGCCGCACAGGAGGACGAGAAUGAUGACGAUUGGGAUUGA